AUGCGGAGCAGACUUGCAGACCUCUCAGACGCCGGAAAAUCUGUUCUCCACUAUGCCUCUUUCUACGGGAGAUUGGAAGUUGUUCAAAGACUGGUUAUUGAGCAUCCCGAUCUCAUCACCUUCCGGGACAAGUUGGAGCUCUCUGCAGAAGACACAGCUGACAUUCGCGGUCAAGUUCAUUCAGCUUGGUGGCUUCGCAAGCAAGCCAAGAGAGAUGCUACAUAUAAAGGUUUCCAUGGUUGUAGAAUGGACGUCUGCAAGAGGGAUAUGCUAUUUUCUGGAUCACUGAGCUUUCAGUGUACCACAAGUAGCGUUGACUUCGGUCUGUGCGAGAUCCACUUCCAGGACCAGCAAGGGUGGACGCUCCUCCACGCGGCUGCCGAGCAGAACAACCUUCCCAUCAUCAGGAUCCUUUUGGAGCGAGGCGCCCUGCCCACGGCUCUCACCUUCAACGGCAAGACUCCCAGCGACCUUGCCCGCGAGAAAGGUCACUUGCAGGCUUACAAUAUGAUCAUCAGCAAUUACAUUUGUGAAACCAAAGGAAGUCCUGAAGAGCUGUUUGUAGCUCUGCUUAGCCUGAUAACGGAAACCGCAUACUACAAUGCCUAUGCAGCAACAACACCUCAUGACCUCGAGUCCACGGACGCCAGCCCCAAGGGUCAGAACCCGUCGCUGUCGGCCGUGAGGAAGGCAUCGUCGCUCCUGACCUCGGGCGCCCCGCUCGAGCCUCCCGGGUCCCACACCUGCUACCCGCUUCACCUCGCCAUCACCGCCAACUGCACUCCCCUCCUGCCCCUCCUUCUGGCCGCCGGGGCGCCGCUCACGGCCACCAGGGACGGCCUUGGCCCGGUGCAGCUCGCGUGGCUCACGCCCGACAUCACCACCUGGGUCGCUGUGCUGGUCACCAGGGCUGUCAGAGACCGGAUAGCGAUGGAGAUGCAGCCCCUGGAUGACGCCCUUCAGGCAGCUGCACGGGCGCUGCUGGAGGCCCUGGACGGAGAGAGGCCGUGGGAGGCCGCGCUCGAGCGCCCCGCCGGCUCCUCAGACUCUCUGGAUGCGCUGCUCUUCCGCGCAGCCAGGGGCGGGCCUCCACUCUGGCCUGGACGCACGCCCCUGCACGCUGCCCUGGACGGAGGGCAUCUCGGCACGGCCAGAGCCCUCGCCCUCCACAUGGGGGGAACCUCUUCCUUCCCGACACCGACGGACGACUCCCGAUCAGCCUGA